AUGAAGACCGCGUCAAUCGCCCUUGCUCUUGCAGCUGCCACAUCCACGCUCGCAGCUGAUACCCCCUUGAAGCCACUGGAGCUCACGAACCUCAAUGCCGGCAUCUACUAUACAUCUAUGCCCAUAACAACCCUAUUCUCAUUCUCUCUGAAAGAUCCAAACACAGACACUAACACCACCUGCUCUGGCUACUGGUCCGCCGGCAUGGCCGGUAAUAAGUCAUACGACUGCUCGGACAAAGCAUACCAGCUCCAUCUCCUGAACGGAGUGUAUAAUAUCGAGAAGUUCGAUCUUGGAGUCUCUCGCGCCGAUGGCUCGAUUAGUGGACAGUCGACUGUGACGGGUGACUCGUGGAAAUGCGACAAGCAGGAGUCGCCCUUGGCGCAGUGCAAGUGGGAUGGGGUUUUCAAGAUUGAUGUGACUGGCUCGUCUUGA